CUGACGUGAGCCACUAUCUGGCCCAAAUUGGGAACAGAGGAAAGACAGGAAACACACUUGACAAUUAAGGAUUACAUUUUUUUUAACAGAAUUGAUACAAUUGAGAGUAGAAUUUUAGUCAUUGUAGUGAUACAAAAUAUCAUCAAAGAAUUUAAAACAUAAUAUGGAAAUUUGUGUUAUUUAGAUUCUAUUUUGUUGUAUCAAUACAAGUGUUCUAAUGUCAAAGUUUCCUUUCCCUCGCCGUUUAACACAAUGACGUCCGGUUGUGCCGAGUGAAAACUUUCAUCGCAUCUUUUGUCCCAAAGACAAAGAAUUUCUCCAAAGAAAGUCUUCAUUAGGCGAGGCCUCCUCCCGUGGCCGUGAAUGAAAUUGACAUUUAAUACAGUUAGUUGAGCAGAAAACAGCUGCCAAUCACUCUUAAAGGGGAAGGAUUCCAAUUAAUAACCCCUCCUCGUUAAUCCCCUUGUUUCACCUCCCACCAGCCUUGUCCACCUCUCGUCUCCUCCUCCCACCUCGCCUUUGCGUUUCUCUCUUGCAGUGCAUGCUGGCUGAACUCCACUCACAAAACUUUUUUUCGCACUCGACUACAAGCGUCUGGCUGAUUUGCAUGUUACAUAUGUAUAUGUUUUUUUUUUUCUCUCAAAAGGAAUGCAAGGUGAAUACAGGCUACAGAGUGAGAGCGCACGGUGGAUCCCGGAGGAGAGGAGCAUCAGUAACUGAGCAACACGUUUACUUGUAACAGCAGGCCUCCUCCCCUCUUGCCGCAGGAGCCGCUGAGGGGCCCACACGCUCGGAUGCAUUUAUCACUGGAUACCAUGAGCAUGGUGGACGACAGCUGCCUCUCGCCUAGCAACUUCCACGACCUGGCCAAAGGUGGAGGCGUCACGGUGGGGGGCCACGUCCACAGCAUCGACGUCAUUCUGGGAUUCAGUAAAGACCAGGAUUCCCUGCUCGGCCCCGCUGGGGUCCCGGGGCCUCAGAAGGUGGACGUCGAGGACUUGGUGAAUUCCGGGAAGCAGCUCGAGUCCCACCCGUCCUUCAGUGGCCACCUUGGGCCACUUCAAGAUGAUAGCUCAGAGCAACAGCACCAGUUUCAGGAUGCCGACCUGUUUACCAACAAGUGCGAUGAGAGACUGAGAAAGAGCCUCGAGAGCGACGAAGGCAAGUCACCCGAGCCGUGCAAGGACAAUCAGCCCAAGAAGAAGCACCGACGCAACCGCACCACCUUCACCACCUACCAGCUGCACGAGCUGGAGCGUGCCUUCGAGAAGUCCCAUUACCCUGACGUGUACAGCCGCGAGGAGCUGGCCAUGAAGGUCAACCUACCUGAAGUUCGGGUUCAGGUGUGGUUUCAGAACCGAAGAGCCAAAUGGAGACGUCAAGAGAAAAUGGACGCCAGCACCAUGAAGCUCCACGACGCGCCGAUGUUGUCUUUCAACCGAUCGGCGCCGGUCCACACUGCCAUGGGACCCAUGAGUAACUCCCUCCCAUUGGACCCUUGGCUGACCUCCCCCUUGUCCAGCGCCACGUCGGUCCACAGCAUCCCGGGCUUCAUAGGCCCGGCUCAGGGCCUUCAGCCCAACUACCCCGGCCACGGCUUCCUCAAUUCCAGCCCUCAUCCGUCCAUGGGUCAGGGAAUGCAGAGUAUGGCGGCGCCGCCCCCGUACCAGUGUCCGGCGCCGUACCCCGACAAGUUUCCGCUGGAGGACAUGGACCAGCGCAGCUCAAGUAUCGCUGCACUGAGGAUGAAAGCCAAGGAACACAUCCAGUCCAUGGAUAAAACCUGGCUACCCAUGUGAUUUACUCAGUGGCUCCUCACAAUGCUGACAUGAUGGCAGGGACCUUACCCACAAUGCAAAGGAAAAUGAUUCUAAACUGAGGAUCGAGGGACUUUCUUUUUACACUUUUCUUAUUUCUCUCUCUCUCUUUUUUUUUUUUUUUUACAUCUCAAGGACAUCAAGUGGAUGAGUGAUGUGUUUUGAAACUGCCCUUUUUGAAUGCGCGGCCAUAUUUUCCAUAACCAUUUAUCCAUCUUCAAUACGUCAUAAGUUAUCUACUAUGUCGUAUUUCUUACUUUUACCACCUUGCUUUCCUUUGUCCCUAAAGUUUUUUUUAAUCAAAUUAAAUCAAAUUGCCAAUUUGUUAAUGGGAUAACUGGAGUGUAAAGUAUAAAAGAGUAUUAGGGCCGCACUGAGAAGACUAGUUCUGCUGAAGAAUUUGGACAUUGACUGAAUUUUCAAGAUCAAAAUACUUUUUCCCCCCACUUAAUAUUACAACUUUUACUUCUCAUACAUUUCAACGUUGUUUCUGUGAAACUAAAAAUAUACAUCUUCAAAAAUAUACCUUUUUUCCCCCUCAUAAAAUUAUUCAAAUACAAAUUCUCUUUAUUGGAAUUUUUGGAGGAUUUUGGCUUUUUCAUAACCCCUCCCCCACAUAAAAAAAAACCUCAUGUAAUUUAAUCUUUGUUUCUCGAAAAAGCUCAUUUUCAUCUCAAUUUAACAAUUUAAUUAUCAUAAAAUAAAUUACAAAUGUAUUGCCUCUUUCAAACGCAUUUUAUUUUCCGUGUGCUCUGAUACUCUUUUAUAGGUUUAUCUCGAGGACGGUUUAAAAGUUUUUUUUUUUUACCCUUAACUUUUACAGUUGAGGAAGAUACCCAUACUUUUAUGGUCCUGGCAAAGGCACACCAAUUACUUGUAAGUUGAAUCAUUAGUGUAGGUGGUACCAAGAGUGGCAGAAAUAGAUCACUAGUGUAACGAAGUACAUUUAAACCAGCAGGUCAAGGCUGGCAAAAAAAUACCCUUCUUAAAAAAAAAUUUGACUGUAAAGUCAAUAAUUGCUCAAAGGGCAGCAAUCCGAGGUAAGACGGCACCUUCUAAGUGCGAAUAUACCAAAAAAUAAUCAUGCACAGUUGCUUUGUUGGUGUGCUGUCAUGCUUUAACGAGGGAGGGACGGAAUGUAGCAAGUUAUAAAGAAAAAAAAACAAUUGUUUUGCUUCAUUUCUUGUGCUUGAGUGGCUUUUGGAGGAGAAAGCCUGUUGGCAGCUCAGUGUUGGGUGGCUGAGCGUACGUGCGGGGUAGCACCGUGUGAUGCGUCACCCUGCAUAGUUCAGCCUUUGUUGAGCACAAUUGAUCCAAGUGCGUUGUCUUUGUCUGCACUUGCUGGAUGGGCGUCGGGAGGGGGGCGGUCUCGGGCAGAACUAAAUAGGCCCUUGUAACCAUUUGUGUUUCUUUCUCAAUCAAAGGAGGGGAGGCAUCGAUCGGAGCUGCUAUGAUCAGCGGUGACACUAUAUUGGUCUCGUCCAUCUGUCCUUGAGUUUGUCACUGAAGUAAAGACGCUCGAAUUUAAUGGUCGGAAUAUAUCGAUCAAUCAGCUGCUCAUUUCUGCUUUGUAAAGUGUUUUUUUUUUUUUUUUUUUGUAUUGCGGGUUGUUAUUUAGACAUCUGAUUAGACCUCAAACUGUGGACAAAUGUGGAUUACCUUGCACAAAUAGAGCUUUCAACAUGCGUGAUUUGGGACUAUGAAUAAGCCAAAGGUUAUGGACAAAACUGCACUAGAUGUUUUUUUUUUUUUUUUUUUUCUCAAAUGGCACAGGGUUUCUUUAUUUAACCCUGUGAUGCUGUUUCUAGAAAUACAUGUCGUAGAAUUAGUCAUGUCUUUCCUUUUGUCUGGAACAUGGAGGUGUGUAUUCUGGAAAGAUGUGAACAAAGAUCUACUGGAAAUAAAUAUAGUUUGAUAGAG